AGGGUACUGCCAUGUCGCCAAUUUUGCCGCAGAGCUCAUUCACUGUACAUACGGGAAACUUGAACAAUUACUUGGAGCUAGUCACUCGCCGGCACAAAAAUUCGUCUGCUGAGAUAUGUGCGGCCUUCAAGCUUCUCGCUGCAAAGAAGACGGUUUUUCGGAAGGCAGGAAACGUCUUUUCCCCCACUACGGAGAAUUUACAGCAUCCAGAGAUUGAUGUGAAAACAUCGCUAAAGGUUUGUCUAGCAAAAUUCUGUGCAGACGACAUACGGGAAGCAGUUCGUGUCACUUUGGAAACCUUACAACUAGGGACUCUUUCUCAACUUAUCAUUUCGUUCCCUUAUGACGAGUCAGUGGACUUAACAGACGAUAUCUGGCUCCAGAAAGUGAAGGACAUAUGGGAGGCAGCAGAGGACUUAGUGGAAAAGGAUAUUGUUCAUACUAUAGGAGUGUCUGAUCUCGACGUUGAUAGGCUGCGAUUGUUGUAUGAUGCUGCGAAGGAACAUCCACCAAUGAUCGAUCACUAUAGUAUUGAUGGAUGUUGUGCGGUGCCAGCUGAGUUGGUGGAAUAUGCUAAAAGUCAUGAUAUCCAACUCCUCACUCAUAAUGAUCCAAGAAGUCUGUGCCUGAGUGAUGAGAUGUUGGAAGCUACAGAUCAAAUAACAGGCUCGGGAAAAAAUCUAUCCACUAUGUGGGCUGCAAGGUAUACGAUAUGGAUCCGAAGUCGCUCGGUGAUGGCAGCAAAAGGAUAUCUCGUUCACUACAAUAGAAACUAGCUAUAUUUGAUGUGCAAUGCUGUUGAAGCUUAUCAUAUUUUCACAAGAGUUGUAGUAAUCUCCACAUAUCCGUACGUACCAUGACGCGUGCGCCCCAAAAAAUCUCAUGCGAGUUCAGAAAAACAUCAAAGUUAUAUUUAUUGCUUGUUCAUUCUCUAAUAAACUCCGGUGUAUUUAUUUUGUGAGAUGAAUGUUGAAAGAAUAAAAAGUAGA